GCACGAUCUUGGAAGUCCCGUAGCGACUCCUGGUGACUCCCCCUCCCACUUGCACAUUGCCGUGGGUAAGUCCGCUGCCUUCCCGUCGACCACAUCUGCCCUGCAUUUGAGCUACGAUGCGCGUACUCGAUGUUAUCGAGCACCCUACCUUCGACUCCUCGACCUCACGAAAGGAUUACAUGGUGGUUUUUAGCAUGGCUGGCGUGGUCGCUAUCAUUGCAUCCACUGCGGUAGCGAUGCGGAUGAAGGGCGUAUCAUUGCCGUCUUUGAUCGAUGCCUUUGUUCCGACUCAUUGACCGACAUAUGUCAGUGGUUGAGAUAUGCCUUGCAAUAGCUUGUACGUUGCAUUCACUCGUCUAUGGGCUCUUCAGCAAAUCGCCUGCCCUUGUAAACUACCUCCACGCACCUUGCCAUGCCCGUCAGCGAUAUCUUUCCCAUACCAGUUAUUCCCGUGUAUCACUGUGUAUCACCUCGACCUCAGGAUGUAUUUAUAGAAUGUCUUAUUUCCUU